CCGGCAUUAGUCUGUUACGGGUAACUCUAGGGUGAGGUAAUUCUGUUGCUGCUGCUGCUGCUGCUGCCGCCAACAAGAACAACAACAACGAAAGAAAAAAAAAACUCACGCGCGAUCCGUGCCGGCAGAAAACUCAUAACGAUUUCUAGUAAAAGUACGAUCGCAAAUGAAAUAAUUUACUUAGAUUACAACGAACUGUGCUUGUGUUUCCUUGUGUAGAGCGCUUCUGUGAUUAUUACUAUUUUUUUUUUAUUAAAAGAAAAAAAGAUCUACUGGGAGCUGCAUAUUAUCUGUAAUCAUUUAUUUGAGUGGUGGUUUUCCGUUCGAUAAGGGUAGUUUUUGUGUGGUGAUGUGCCAUGAGCUGCUCUGAAGUUAUGUACCAAGCGUACUACCCUUAUCUGUACCAGAGGGCCGGCGCCGCCCCCGCACACCCGGUGCCCAGAGCUGGUCCUUUUCCGUCGCCCUUCGGAGCUGCCCACCAAUAUGACAGGUUCAACGUGCAGAGACUGCAGGAGUCGUCGCAUCCGCUGAGCCAGGCCACAGCUUCCAGCAGUGGAGCCGCCGGGUUGGAGGCAUCCUCUGGAAGCGGUGUCUACGCCACCCACAGCACCGGCGGCUCCACCGUCGGAUCAACACCCAGCAGCCCCCUGAGACCCCACAAGGAAGAGGACGGACAGGACGACUCCUCCGAGGAGGGAGCGGCUGCAACUCCGGGCGGUUCCAGGGCCCAGUACGUCUCCGCCAACUGCGUUGUCUUCACACAUUACCAAGGCGAUGCCGCCACCGUCGUCGAUGAGCACUUCUCGAGAGCCCUCGAUAAAACCAACGCACACAACAAAGAAACGUCGCCCAUGUCAGCGCGAAACUUCCCCCCGAGCUUCUGGAACAGUUCUCAGUACGGGGGUGGAAGCGGCGGUGGAAGCGGGGGUGAUUUAUACCAGGGGACGACGAGCGAUCACUAUCAUCCCGGAGAUUGGUAUCAUCAGUAUACGGCGGCGAGUCAUCGCGCAGUCCACGACUAUCACCACCAUCAUCACAAUAUGGCGGCCCAAUAUGGGGGUUUGCUGCUUCCAGGGUCGAGGCUUCACAUGCCCGGGGCUCAAUGCAAGGCGAUGGACUGGCAGCAUCCCUCCUUGGACAACCCGUACACGUCCUACCCCACCAUGUCAGGAUUAGAGGCGCAAGUGCAGGAUUCCUCAAAGGACCUCUACUGGUUUUAGUGCGAACGUGAUUGUAUACGAGCUCCUCAGAACGUAGGAGGAUCGAAGAAGUGUUCCGAAGAUAGAGACGGACAGAGCCACAACACUCACACCCAAAACACACACCUCUAACGUACAAACUUCUAUGAAAUUAAAUACUUAAGUAUACUCACUACAUGCGUUACCUAAGUAGUAGUAUGUGGAUUAAAUGUUCCUUAUUAGCGCGCUGCGGACGCGUUUUGCAUAAAACUAAAUUAUGUACGUCGAUGAAACGAGAAAAUCUCUGCGAGAGAAUUACGCAAAAAAAAAAUAUAAAAAAAUAUGUAUG